UCAGGAGAUGGUUACAAUCGAUGAUGUCCAGAGUCCACACAGUGUGGAGCUGGCAGAGGACACUUCAGGAGCAUCAGAAGGUCCUUCCAGAGAGAAGGCUCCAGAAGAGCUUUCUAGCGUUGAGAAGAUCGAGCUCAUUUUGGCCGCGUUCGACCAGAAUGGAGAUGGGCGAUUGAACUUCCAAGAGAGCAAUGACUUGCAGACCUUCGCGUCUGGAGAGCUCAUCCCAUUUGAGGUCUACAAGAUGAUCUGUGACGACCUGCGCGUGGACGCUGGCUUUGGUGUAGGGGCGCAUGAGAUGGCACUACUCUACGAGCGCUUUGGAACCCUGGAACGUGACUUUCAGGCUGCCUUGCGGAAGUUUAACUUCGACCCACCUCCUGUCUCAUCUUCAGCGCCCUUUGAUGGAGGUCCUUGCCAAUCCCGGCUCUCGCCCUGGAUUGCGCUGCCGCUGCUCCCCAUUUGCCCGGUCGCAGCGGGCGCCCUUGCGCUCGGAGCUACCUUGUGGAACCGCGGGUCGCCAAGUGGUGUUCCAAGGCCAGGUCUUUGAGUACUUGCAGUGUCGACAAGGUUGAGGCUGAGAAUGUGUGAGAAGGAGUAUGACAUUGGGAUGCGACAACAUAUGACAACAUUCAAUACUUGCAGCAUUCUUUUGAGAAUGCCUGCUGUGCAUUUUUUGG